ACACAUCAAUGUAGUGAUUAGAUAUAUAAACCAAACUCGAAAUUCAUAAAUAUCGAAAUACUAAAAAUAUAUAAUAAAUAAUUUUAAAUUGUACCAUCUAAAAUUAGAAACCUAGUAAUUGCUCUUCCUUUUUUUUUUUCCCCUAUUUUUCAUAUUUUCUGUCAUUCAAAUGGUUUUCAAUAAUUCUUAAAAAUAUCAAAUUCAGUCCCAAAAUAAAAUAAAAUAAAAAAGAAUCCAACCCUAAAGUCCUAAUACAUUUCUCAUUAUUUAUUUAUCUAUUUUGCUCAGGUGUUUGAUUCCCGAGAAAAUUAAAAAAAAAAGUAGUGGGAAAAAUAAAAUAAGAAAGAGAAACAAAGGGAAAAAAAGGAGUAGGAAUGGGAUCUCAUUAACUGUCAGUCUAACCUCAAAACCUGUUAUUUUCCUGUUUCCUUUCUUCUUUCGUUUGUCCGGGAAUCUGAGUGACAAUUUCUUUUCUUUUGAACGGGGGAGCGUAAUUUAAUUUUUGUUAUAAGCGUUUCCUUGUUAUGGUGUAGUGGUAAGUAUAAUAGGCGAAUAUAAGUUGAAAUAAUACAGGAGAUGAGCAAAGAACACCUGCCUGAGCCACUCGAUUUCUUCAUUUGGACCGUUGAGGAUGUUGGUAUGUGGUUGGAAGAUAUAAAUCUUGGCAGCUACCGCCAGAUUUUCAAAGAACAUGGUGUAAAUGGGGAAUACCUGGAAGGCAUGUCUAUGUUCACAACUGAACAGAUUCUUAGAUUUAUAAGGCAAUGCCAUAUGAAGUGGGGAGACUUCAUCACUCUAUGCAAGGAACUCAGGCGAAUAAAGGUGGCCUGCCUUAAAGGAGAGCAAAAAGUUCACAGGCCAUGGUGGGCUCCUCCUUGCCUUUCAGUAGUGUUUGUCAAGGUAGCGAAGCGCAACAGACAGUCGCGUAUUGUCUCCUUGAAGCUCGAACAAUAAUGCGAAAUACGCUUAUCAUGUACGUGUGUAUGUGUUUUUCUUUUAAAUUUUAUUUUAGGGAGCAAAAAUUAGGGAAAAACUAAUUUGUCUAGGUUUUGCUGAUGGUUGUUCUUUCAAGAACUUGUUUACGUAUACAAGCUUCUAUAUGUAUAUGUUAUCAGUUGAUUUUAUACGCCAAGGAAUUUGUAAUAGGUUUGUGGGUUUUUGUUUUCUUUUCCUCGACGAAAUUAACCCUCGGCAUGGCCAAAUCCCGUUAGAGAAAA